AUGUGGCCAGGCAGGCCAACCCCCGCUUCCCGUGGCCGUCGCCACUGAUCGCGAGAUAAGGACACAACGCAUCAAAAAUUGUUGCGUUCUUUGUAUCCUUAAUCUCUACUCUUUAACGUGCCAUUAGUUAUUAAAUUUUAAAAUUUUGAGAAAACUAAUUAUUUUUUGUUAUAAAAUAUUGUUUUUGAAACACUUUUAGCUAUAGCCAUAAAAUUAGUAAACAUUUCUUUUGCUUUUUUGCUAAACAUAACUUUUUACAACCUUGACGAUAGUGUUUUACACUGUUUACUCGGAAACUGCUAACUGGUUUUAUCUUUGAUAAAGAAUCUUUGAAAGAAAAGGUUUUAAACUGUUUUGGAAUGUAAAAUACGGCCCAACACUUUUAACAAUUAUGAAAAAAAAAUUAAAAAAAUUUUUAAAAUUUAAAAAUUUGAAAAAAAAAAAUUAAUUUUAUUUGCAAAAUACGAAUGAGUCAAAAUUCAGACCAAUGAUAACGUAAAUUAAUAAUAAUACAGUAGAAGCCAUGUAUAACAAACAAUUUCAGACUGCCCAGCCAACAACCUAUACGCGGCCAUAGGCGACAAAUCAGCGGCCGAAUCCUCAAAUUGGCUUCGAAUCGACUGGAAAGCCUCGAGCAUUGAAGAGUGUGCUCGGUCCUGUUAUGAAUACAGAUUCUGCUACUCAAUCUUAUUCGAUGAGACCAGUAGGAGACCAUGUACCUUCUUUUUACAUGUCACUGCUCAAUGUGGACAACGAGAGUUGAAGCCGGUCAGUGAGUUGAGCAGCCAGAAGAACGGCCUCAUCGAGUGCUUCCGAUGCGUCGGUGAUGAGGAAGUUGGUAAGGAUGGGUUUUAGGAGGGCAAAAUGUCAAUACCGGGCGAGUUAUUAUAGCCUGGGGAGUAGGAGAUUCAUAUUUACAAUAAGAGGGGGGGGAGGAGAGGGGGGAGAGGGAAAUAGGGAAAUAAAGAGAGGGGGGGGGGGGGGGGAGGAGAGGCUAUAAAUAAUUUUUUUUGAAAAAAUGAAAGAACGGUAAAGUACGUUGAACUAUGUGAACGAGUCCUCCCACCCUCUUUCCUAUAUCUUCCUUGUUUAUCCCUUCUUUAUUCAGCCCAAGGCGUAGUUAUAAAGUUGUUUAACUAAUUCUGUGCCUUCUAGUCCCAAGAAUUUGCUUUGAGAAGGGGCACAGAAUUAUUUGAACUAACUAAAAGUAUAUAAUAAAAAUUGUCAGAAAUUUUGCUAAAAUACGACUGACCAACUUCAAAAUUAAAAAAUUUAUUUUUUCAGGAAAAUCACCAAAAGGCUUAGACUACAUUAAGCGUCAUCAUUCCGGUGGUACUCGUAAGUUUUUAAAAUUUUAAAAUUUUUGAAUUUUUUGUAUAUCAGAUAGACAAUUUUUUAUUUGUAAAAUACGCAUUGCGUUUUCGUUCGCGUUCAGUCUUAAACAACGUUUUCCAGGCCUAGAAUUCCACUCUGAUGCCCCAGCCACCACUCAAGCCCCACGACCUUCUCCACCCAACGGUCCAUCUUAUGCUUCAUGUACUGUAGUCUAUCAAGUACAUGAAGACGUUCAAUCUCUUGGUUGGAGCACUAGCCAUGAAGUUUCUGUUGCUAGGUAAGCACCAUUAUAGACCGGUAAAGUUUUGUAACAGUACUUGUGGCGCACCCUGUAAAUACCGUUAAGUACCAUUUAUUAAAAAUUUCAAAUUUCAGUGUUAGAGAAUGUGGAUUCAUUUGCUACCAAAGUGGCUGUACUAGUGCCAUUUUUGAGCCGAAAAGCUUGGGCGCAGUGUGCAAAAUGGCGUUUAGACAACAUGAAAACUGUGGUGGAGUCAGUCGAUGGGAUUUUAAGUAUCAACAAGGUCAAACUGUUGGUAUUAGCUGCUUCAGAUGUUGUGAGUUAUAAUUUCGUCACAAAAUUUCAUGUUUUAAGCCUAUUUUUCUUAAUUUUAGCCAUUAUAUCUAAUAAAAAAACGUAAUUUUUCUUUAACAUUUCAGCUCCAAAAGGACCCCCACCACAUGUAGGACAAGAGCCAGCAACCACUCCAACUACUACAACAACAAAAAUUGCCGAAUCUAUCGAUGAAAAGCCAAAAACCAAAGAUUCAAAGACGGAACACGCGGAAGAGAAUGGCAGUAAGUUAACCGUUUAUAUUGAAAAGUAUAUCUUAAUAUAUGAAAAAGUAUCUUAUCAUAACAAAAAGUGUCUUAAUGUAUCAAAAAGUAUAUAUUAACAUACCAAAAAGUAUUUUAAUAUAUCAAAAUCGUGUUUUUAAACGGCAAUUUAGACUCAGUUACGUUAAUAUUAGGCUGUUCAAAUAAUUCUGAGCGACUUUCAAAGCAAAUUUUUGAAGUUAAGUGGCAUAUAACUAUUUUAACAACUCAAUAUUAUGAUAGGUGUACAAACAAAAAUUAAAAAAAACAUGUUUUACUUGUUUUAUCCCAAAAAUGUUUGAAGACAAGGCUUUUGAAAAGGCUGUUUUUGAUAUUAUCAUUGGUUUUUUACAACAAAAACAUCAAUUUUAUACUUUUAGCGGUAUAACAUAACAUUUUUGUCCUUAAACUGACCUUUUGCAGCACUAAAGUAGUGUUUUUAUGUCGUAUACCUUAACUUUGGUUCAAUAAGCCUAACAUAAUCUUAAAACUAUUAGGUUCAAAUAAUUUUGUGCUCCUUUUUAAAGAAAAUCUUAAGGGUUUCGUGGAGAGGGGGACAAAAUUUAGUGAACAACCUAAUAAGCCUAAGAUACUCUUUGCAAACCCAAGAGCCUAAUUUCUAAACUUAUAAGCCUACAAUUACUUUUUUUGCAAGCCUAUAAGUCUAAACAUACCCUUUCUAAGCCUAUAAGCCUCAUAUUCUUUUUUUCGAACCCAUACAACUAAUAUACUCUUUCUGAACCCAUAAGCCUAAUACACCUCUCCUAAACCAUUUUACAUAACAAGCCAGUAAUACUCUUCCCAGCCCCACAAUCCUAUUUUACAAUACCUAAACCCAUCUAGUUGUAGAUUGCGUAGUAAGUUACCAAGCCGACUUCAUGUCCGAACGUCCAUCCUCUUUCAACGGCGACUUCAACGUCUCAAUCACGACCGAAUCUGCCGAUGAAUGUGCCCAACUUUGCUAUCAAAAUGGUUGUACUGGCGCUGCCUAUACGGUCGGAUCAAAGGAAUGUAAGAUGGGUAUAGCUGACAGUCAUUUCUGCGCUGAUGGAGGUGUCAUUACCCAUUAUGUGCCUGAAUCUGAGGAUGAAGAAGUUUGGAUUCAUUGCUUUGCUUGUCGUAAGUUAAAGAAUUGAUUUGUGGCGUAUUUUAGAAUUACAGUACUAGUUAGUAUCAAUAUGGUGCUUUACGGUACAAUAUUUUGUUAUUAUAGUAUUAAUAUAAAAUGUUAUCGUAUAUGAUAGUACCAACAAAUAUUUGUCUCAUUUUUUGAAAAUUUGUUUUGAAAGAAGGCGCAGAAUUAAGUGAACGACCUAAAAUCAUUUCAGAGUUCAAGCACAAACAAUUCGCCAAAGAGCAAGUUGGCCUAAACAAGCCUAAGCGCCCAACUCCAGUAGCACGUGAUGAAACUACUGUAGCCCCAACUACAGAAGGCAAAAUCCCAGAAGCAGAAGAAAACAACGAUGUGACAACAGCCCCUUCUGAAGUUACUGAAAAGAUCGAAGCUACGACCCCUUCUGAUGCUGCUACAAGCUCUGUCGAUACUGAGAAACGCAGCACCGUGAUCGCUUCCGACACCACCGUAGCUGAAGCCAAAGAGACUACUGUGGCUGCUACUGAAGCCGAGACUAAAGAAACUACGGUAGCUGCUGUUGAGACUACGGUAGAAGUGACGACAGUAGCUGCGGUUGAGGAAACUACUGUAGUACCUACUACAGUCGCUUUAGUAGAAGAAACUACGGUCGUACAUACAACUGUAGCGGCUGAAGAGACUACUGUAGUACCUACCACCGUAACGACAGCUGAAGAAACUACAGUAGUACCUACAACUACAAUACCAGAAGUUACUACCGUUGCUGAAGCUACAGAAGCUACUACUGUUGCCGAAAACAACGACGAAACUACUGUAGCCACAGAGAAGGCCGAAGAAACUACUGUAGCCCAAAAUACAGCUGAGCCAGUUUCAGCCGGUCCAGUGCCAGAAAGCGAAACCGAAGAGCCAGCUAAAUCUACAGGAGCUGAAACUACGGUAGAAGCAGUCACUAUCACAGCUGGAACUGCCAACGAAGGACAAACUGAAUCAACCGUAGCCCCAACUACUGAAAUGCCAACUACCGUAGCCGCUGAAACAACUGUCGAAGCCGUUACCGUAACAGCUGGAAAUGCCAAUGAAGGCCAAACAGAAACUACGCCCGCUCCAACAACUGUAGCUGAAUCAAAUGAUGAAACUACCGUUGAAGUCGUUACGGCAACCGCUGGAACAGCCAACGAAGGUCAGACUGAAUCUCCUGCUCCAGUCAUCACAGAAGCCCCAACUACCGUCGUUGCUGAAACCACGGUUGAAGCUGUCACAAUAACUGCCGGUAACGCUAACGAAGGCCUAACUGAAACUACUGUAGCCCCAACCACUGAAGCUCAACAGACUACGGUAGCUGCUACAGAAGCAGUUAAAACCACCGUCGCAGCUGUGACCGUAGAAGCCGGUACAGCUAAUGAAGGUCAGACUGAAUCCACGGCCGCUCCAACUACAGAAAUCCCAACUACUGUAGCAGCUGAAACCACGGUAGAAGACGUUACGGUAACAGCUGGAAAAGCCAACGAAGGACAAACUGAAACUACAGUAGCGCCAACCACUGUAGCUGAAUCUAACGAUGAAACUACAGUUGAGAAUGUAGCAACAACUUCUGGACCAACUGAAGCUGUACCGUCCGUUACAGUAACUGCAGGUAACGCUAAUGAAGGUCAGACCGAAACAACUGUAGUACCAACUGAGGCAGCUGUACAAACUACGGUAGCUGCUAUGGAGGCUGCUGAAACUACAGUAGAAGCGGUUACUGUUGAAGCUGGAACUGCUAAUGAAGGCCAGACUGAAACCACUGUAGCUCCGACAACUGAAGCUGGACAAACUACUGUGGCUCUUACCGAAGCCGCAGAAACUACCGUACAAGGUGUUACAAUCACAGCUGGUACAGCUAACGAAGGCCAGACUGAAACAACGGCUGCUCCAACUACAGUAGCUGAAUCUCACGAUGACACUACAGUUGAAGCAAUCACCGUAACAGCUGGCAAUGCCAAUGAAGGCCAGACAGAAACCACUGUAGCCCCAACCACUGAAGUUCCAAUCGCUGCUGAAACAACCGUGGAAGAGGUUACAGUAACUGCGGGUAACGCUAAUGAAAGCCAAAAAGAAACUACAGUAGCCCCAACAACUGAAGCUGAACAGACUACGGUAGCUACCACAGAAGCUGUUGAAACCACCGUCGCAGCUGUUACAGUAGAAGCUGGCACAGCUAACGAAGGGCAGACUGAAUCAACUACAGCUCCAACUACAGAAAUCCCAACUACCGUAGCAGCUGAAACGACCGUUGAAGCCGUUACAGUAACUGCAGGUAAUGCUAAUGAAGGCCAAACUGAAACAACGGUCGCUCCAAACACUGUAGCCGAAUCUAAUGACGAGACCACAGCCCAAGCUACUACUGCCGAAGCUGUACCAGUUACAGCUGGCUCAGCCAACGAAGGACAAACUGAAACCACUGUCGCACCAACUACUGAAUCCGCUACAACUGUAGAAGCCGAAGCUACGACAGAAAAGGUAGUAGUAAUUACAACUUCUGAGCCUGACGCUGAAAAAGUUACCGUAGCUCCAGUGAACCAACAGGCUAAAGAAGCCACGACAGAAGCCGUUGUGCCAACAACUGAAUUAGCUGAAGCUACUACAGAAGCUAAAGUUGAAGGUACUGAAAAGGUAGAGGUCGCUCAAUCUAAUGAUGAGGCUACUGAAGCUAUGACCGUGAAUGUUCAACGUGAUGAAACUGUAGCUCCCACUGAAGCUGUCGAAACAACCGUAAUUCCAACAAAAGCUGCUGAACCAACAACUGUAGCGGCGACAGAAGCCGUGGAAACCACGGUAGCAGCCGUUACAGUUGAAGCCGAAAAUGCUAAUGAAGGUCAGGCUGAAACUACCGUAGCUCCAACAACUGAAGCUGAACAAACUACUGUAGCUGCUACAGAAGCUGUUGAAAAUACCGUCGCAGCUGUGACCGUAGAAGCCGGAACAGCUAAUGAAGGCCAGACAGAGACCACUGUAACCUCAACGACAGAAGCUCCAACAACAGUAGCCGCUGAAACAACCGUUGAAGCCGUUACAGUAACUGUAAGUAACGCUAACGAAGGUCAGACUGAACCUACUGAAGCUAUACAAACUACAGUGGCUGCUACAGAACCCGCUGAAACUACCGUCGCAGCCGUUACAGUAGAAGCUGGCAACGCUAAUGAAGGCCAAACCAAAACAACGGUCGCUCCAACCACUGUAGCUGCAUCAAACGACGAGACCACAGCCCAGGCUACUACUGUCGAGUCUGUACCAGUGACAGCUGGCUCAGCAAAUGAAGGUCAAACUGAAACCACUGUUGUACCAACUACUGAAGCCCCGACCACACCAGAUGCUAAAACUACAGUUGAAGCCGUGACGAUACCAGCUGGAACAGCUAAUGAAGGCCAGACGGAGACCACCGUCGAAGCCAGUGAAGCUCAAACAACUGUUCUUGCAACAAAAGCCCAAGAGACAACCGAAAUUGUAACUACAACAACAUCAGCACCUUCUACGGUGCCAACUGAUGUUAUGAUCAAUGAAAUCACUGAUAAGAUCGUAACCACAGAAGUUCCUGUGAUUGAAACUACUGUGGCUCAACAACAAGAUGAAGAAAAGGCAACGGAAGCCAAGGUAGAAGAGACUACCGUAGCGGCUACAGAGGCUAAGGCUGAAGAAACCACCGUAGCGGCAACAGAAACCACCGCUGAAGAAACUACAGCAGCAGCUGCAGAAGCCACAACUGAAGCCGCUCAAGCGACCACUGAAGCCAUCGCUGUAACUGAACCUCAAAUCGAAGUCGUCAACAAGGCUACUAAAGCGGCUGAAGUCGUAACUGAAGGAGCUAAAGCUACCGACUCUCUAGAAGUCACAACUGAAGCUGCCAAAGCUACAGAAGCUGCUGAAGCCAAAGACGCUGAAGCCACAACCGUUUCCGAAUUCGAAGCCGUUAACAAACAAGAUGAAGCCGCUGUAGCUUCUGAAUCCCCAGAAGAAGCUACUACUGUCCAGGAUGUUGUAGUUGAGACUACUGAAGCUGUUCAGGUAACUGAAGCUGCUCAGGUAACUGAAGCCGUUAAAGACGUCGAAGCUACAACUGAAGCUUCUGUAGAAGAAAAAACAGAAGCCCUAACAACUGUUGAAGCUUCUGAAACAACUGUAGCCCCAGUAACAGUGCCAGCCGGAACAGCGAACGAAGGAGAAGUGAUCCCUACAGAAGCUACCACAUCAGAAGCCUCAGCCACCACAGCGGCGACUAUUCACGAAGUCACCGCUGGACACGAUGUGAUUGAAGCUAUCAACACGGCAACUCCAGCAGCUGCAGCUGAUACUGAAGCCCCAGUAGUGAAAAUCACUGAAGCUCCAGCUGAAGCGAACGAAGAGGCAUCUGAAGCCGCUGCAACCACUGAAUCUAAAAAAUUAGAAGCUACAACAGCUUUACCCGAAUCCGUAGCUACCGUGCAGUCGGAAAAGCCAGCCGAAGCUGAAGUAGAAUCUCAAGAAGAAGCUAAACCAACAACUGCAGCCGUUGUGGAGGCCGCCGCUCCAGAAGUCACCACUCAAGGUGGUAUUCCAGAAGCCGAGACCACCGUGGAAGAAGGAAUCGCUGCUAAGAUUACAAAGCAAGCCAGCAAAUCUACUGGAACCACAGAAUCUCCAGCCUUCAUUACUGAAGCUCCAGGAGUGACAGAAGCCAGUGUAGAAAAGACUACUGACGCCAGCGUAGAAGUCAUUACAGCCCACAGUGCUGAAGCAACAACAGAAGCUGUUAAAGUUAGUGCUGAAGUCACCACUGAAGCAGUGAAGGCCAACGAUGAAGCCACAACUGAAGCUGCCGUAGAAUCCAAGGUCAGUAAUGAAGUCACAACUCCAGAAGCUGAAACUACAGUGGCUGUUGUUGAGACUACUGUAGUCUCAGUAGAAUCCACUGUAGCUCCAACAACUGAAAAACCAGUAGCAAUCGAAGCUCAUGAAGUUACACAAGCUGUGAUUCAAGAGAACGUUGACGCUGAAGGCACCGUGGCUCCAGUAAAAGAGGCUACUGUAGCUUCUGUUGAAGAUACUGCAGAAAAAGUAACCUCAGCUCCAGUAGAAGCUACUCAAGCCCCAGUAGCCCAAGAAGCCGCUUCAGAAGGCACGUCAGCUUCAGUAGUAGUUACGGAAGUCCAAGAAGCUACAACAGCAUCAGUCGCUUCUGAAUCAACCGCAGCUCCUGUAGCCAAUGAAGCCGCUCCAGAAGCUAAUGAAUUCACACAUGAACCCACCGAAGCUCCAGUAAAAGUAACUGAAGCCCCAGCUGUAGAAGCAACAUCAACAGCUGAAACAACUUCGGAAGCCACGACCACAGUAGCUCCAGAAGUCACAACAGUAGCUCAAAUAGAAACAACAAUAUCAGAAGGUUCUGGCGAAGAAGAAGCAACAGUUUUAGCUACAACAACUUCUGUAGAAUCAGAAGAAAAAGUGACAUCAACAACAACAUCACCUUCAGAAUCAACUACACAAAACGCCGAAUCCACGACGGGAAAUUUGGCUUCAAGCACAUCAUCUCCAGAAGUCACGACGCAUGAAAGGCUGGUUAGACACCGUGAACUUGAUGAACAUAACGAACAAAAACGAUCUGGAGGCUUCUUCUCCUUCUUGAACCGGUUCUUCUGA